UUUUUCGACCGCGCGUAUCCGGGGCUCCGGGGGCCUGUUUCCUCCAGGAAAUCACACACGUCGAUCAAUCCGUGGCGAAACGAACGUAUCAACGAGCGAACGAGUUAUUCGCGGGCACCGCCGCCGAAUACUCGGUCACUGACGGGCUCAAAGAUCGCGCAAAAUGGCAGACAGGUUAAAGAGCCCCGAGAACCUCUGGGCGACAGCAAGAUGGUGCUCCGUAACGUUCGAGGAUCCGAGCGAGUUCGAGAUUAUUCCCGAGACCGACCUCGGGACGCCCCGAGAAACGCGGAUGACAGGUGCGAUGAAAUAAAUACGUGAUAAAUGCGAGACUGCCUCGAGAUGGAUGUCAGUCAAACACUGCGCGCAGCUCCCUUUCGAAAAAGUGCUGCUCUCUCCGCUUGACGUUACGAAAUAUUUCGAAGCGUUCGAUCGACCAAUUAGGAUCGCGCAUAGAGUUCGUAGUUAGGAGAGGAGCGUGUCGAUGUGAAAAAAGGCCAUCGCGUGUGGAGAAAUUUUAGUAGGACGUUCGGACCAAUCACAGUCGAGCAUUCUCGAUUUAGUGAGAAUACUUCGACUGUGAUUGGUUGAUUUGAUAAUCACUUAUUUCUGAUUGGCUCCGCCAUUUUUUUUUAGAGAGGCGAAGGUUUUUGUUUUGAUUUGUAAAUCGUAGACAACAAAAUAAAAUUUGUUAUUUAUUGUAUGAAUAUUUUUAUUUAAAAAUGCCUAUAUAUUGUACUGCUCUUGGGUGUAAAAAUACGAAUGAUAUUAAAAGAAAGACCGCAGCACAAAUGGAAUUGGAAAAAACUGUCAAAGUGACAUUUCAUGUAUUUCCUUCUGAUCCCAAUAGAAGAAGAGAAUGGAUAAAAAUAAUGAAACUUGAAAAUAAAACUCUUUGUAAAAGGAGUUUUCUUUGUUCUCUUCAUUUUGAAGAGAAAUGUAUAGACCGCACAUCUUUAACAUGUGUAAGGUUGAGAGAAAAUGCUAUUCCAUAUUUACCUGCUGAAUAUACAUUUUGUGACAAUGUGAACAGUGAAAAUGAAACAGUAUUGGCUCCAAUUGAUCCUUUAAAUGUAAAAUUGGAGGAAAUGGAAGAUGAUCCUGAAUGCAUUUCUGUUAUUCAUUCGACAUGUGAUAGAGAAACGAAUACAUCACCUCUCUUAAUAUUAUCACAAGAAAUACGGCGACCUACUCGUGAUAAACAAACAAGUAUUUCACCUGAAAGAAUACGAAAUUGCCCUAUUGUACAAAUAAUUGAGAAAAAAACCCAUACUGAUAUUGAACGUUUACGAAAAAAGAUUAAAGUUUUACAACAAAAACUUAAACGAAAAGAAAAGAAAAUUGAAAUUAUGAAAACUAUUUUUGAUGAAUUAAAAGCAGUGAAUUUGGUUACCCAUGAUGUAAAAUCAACCAUGUGAUAAUGUAUUGUAUAAUGAUAUAUUGCAAGUAUGACAAAAAUAUAAGAUUAUGUUGGCAUAAAAAUUUAUUUAUAAA